CCUCCAUUGUGACUGCAACAAAGAACAGAAAGAAAUUAAGAUAAAACACUGGUAUUCUUUCUCCACCCUCAUCUCUGGUCUGGAGUCCUCUGUAGGAAAGAAGCUGUAAUUGAUUCAAAACCAAAGAUAAGGGGUUGAGUGUGAAGAGGAGGAAGAGACCUGGGCAGCUGAGGAGGUUUUGGAAAUCCCUUGUCUCCAUAUUGCUGGCAUCAACUUCUUGCUCAGUGGCAGGGCUCACUCAAUGGAGACCAGGAGGACUAACGCUUGGUGCUGAUUUGUGUCUGGAUCACGGCAUCAGGCAAUCUGUGCCUUGUUUGUGCAAAGAGCCAGUGACACUCUGUCACUGCACUUCCUACAAACUUCUGAAGAUAAGAAGGUGGAGGAGUAUACAAUUUGCUUUGAACUUUACAGUACAUAUUUGCUCUAGUUUUGAAGCCCAGAGCUGCUGGAGGUGUGAGUGACAAGUCUUGAAAGUGGCCUUAUUCCAACUCCAGAAAUUCCCCAGCUAAACUUUGAGUCUUCUGUGUACAGUCCUAGCACAUCAGGGAACAUGCCAACUCAAUCCCUACUAGUGUACAUGGAUGGACCAGAAGUCAUCAGCAGCGCUCUUGGCACCCAGGGGGAGGUGGGUGAUGCCUUGUCAAUUAAAGGGACCACCGCUGUACCUUUCAGAGCUUCACAAGAAAAAAAUAUCAUCCAGAUAGAAGGAUUUAUGCCCUUGGAUUGCAUGUUUUGCAGUCAGACCUUCACACAUGCAGAAGACCUUAACAAACACGUCUUAAUGCAGCACCGGCCUACCCUCUGUGAGCCAGCAGUUUUGCGUGUGGAAGCUGAGUAUCUCAGUCCUUUGGAUAAAAGUCAGGUGCGAACAGAACCACCAAAGGACACGAGCUGCAAAGAAAAUGAAGAAUUCAGCUGUGAAGUAUGUGGACAGACAUUUAGAGUUGCUUUUGAUGUUGAGAUCCACAUGAAGAAACACAAGGACUCUUUCACUUACGGGUGCAACAUGUGUGGGAGAAGAUUCAAGGAGCCGUGGUUCCUUAAAAAUCACAUGCGGACGCACAAUGGCAAGUCGGGUGCCAGGAACAAACUGCAGCAAGGCCUGGAGAGUCCUGUCACCAUCAAUGAAGUUGUCCAGGUACACGUGGCCGGGAGCAUCUCAUCUCCUUACAAGAUCUGUAUGGUUUGUGGCUUCCUAUUUCCAAAUAAAGAAAAUCUAAUUGAGCACAGUAAGGUACACACCAAAGAUACUGCUUCCGGUACCAGCAGUACACAGACCGACUCUCAGCAAGAGGGAAUGCAGGAGGGAAUGAUGUCUCCACGGGAGGAGUUUCUGCAGUUCUUGAACUUAAUGCCCAGAUCUCACCCUGAGUCUGAGAGCAGGCCCAUGAGGUGCAUACCUCAGCUGGAUCCCUUCACCACCUACCAGGCGUGGCAGCUGGCCACCAAAGGGAAGGUUGCCAUCGCCCAGGAAGAAGUGAAGGAGUCCGGGCAGGAGGGAAGCACCGACAAUGACGACUCGUGUUCUGAAAAAGAAGAACUUGGAGAAAUUUGGAGUGGGAGUAAAUCGGAAGGUUCUGGAAAGUCUAAAACAAGUAAAAACAGUUGCACAGGGCUCUCGCAAGACAAAGAGAAGCCCAGACACACCAAUGGUGAGGUGCCCUCCGCGGACGCGGACCCCAAGGUGUGUGGCAACAAAGAGAAGCCCACACACUGCUCUGAGUGUGGCCGGGCCUUCAGGACCUACCACCAGCUAGUCCUGCACUCACGUGUGCACAAGCGGGACAGGAGGGCGGACGCUGAGUCGCCCACCGUGGCCGUGGAUGGAAGGCAGCCUGGGACGUGCUCCCCAGACCUCACCACUGCUCUGGAUGAUGGUGGGGCUGUGGACCGAGAAGGUGGCUCUGAAGACGGGUCUGAGGAUGGGCUCCCUGAAGGGCUGCAUUUGGAUAAAAAUGAUGAUGGAGGAAAAGUAAAGCAUCUUGCAUCCUCGAGAGAGUGUAGUUAUUGUGGAAAGUUUUUCCGUUCAAAUUAUUACCUCAAUAUUCAUCUCAGAACGCAUACAGGUGAAAAACCAUACAAAUGUGAAUUCUGUGACUAUGCUGCAGCCCAGAAGACAUCUCUGAGGUAUCACUUGGAGAGACACCACAAGGAUAAGCAAGUGGAGGUUGCCGUGGAAGCCAAGAGUGAGGGUAAAAGUCAGGAGACCCAAGAUAUACAAUUAGCCGCUGACGGUUCACAGACCAAAAAUUUGAAGAGACUAUUUGAUGGUGCCAAAGAUGCUAAAGGUAGCCCACCUGCAAAGCAACUUAAGGAGACGCCUGUCUUUCAGAACGUUCUGGGCAGCAUUGUCCUCUCACCAGCACAAAAAGAUACUCAGGAUUUCAAUAAAAAUGCAGCUGAUGACGGCGCUGAUCGAGUGAGCAGAAAUCCUGCCCCUGCUCACAUGGACUUGUUAAAAAAGAGGCCAGCGCUUGAACCUCAGGCAGAUCACCUCGUCUGUAAGUCGGAGGUGGCCAUGGCGCCCCCCACGGAAGGCAUCGCAGCCCCGGCAGUGGCGGUGGGCCACAGGGACAAGAAGGCGGAGAGCACAGUGGAGGGCAAGUACCAGACAAGUGUGGACUGUCAGGAGAAACCUUUAAAUUUGUCUCUUGGGGCUCUUCACAGUUGCCCGGCAAUUUCUCUGAGUAAGAGUCUGAUCCCCAGCAUCACCUGCCCGUUUUGUACCUUCAAGACGUUUUACCCGGAGGUGCUGAUGAUGCACCAGCGGCUGGAGCACAAGUACAACCCCGACAUCCACAAGAACUGCAGGAGCAGGUCCCUGCUGCGGAGCCGGCGCACCGGCUGCCCGCCCGCGCUGCUAGGGAAGGACGUGCCGCCGCUGGCCAGUCUGCACAAGCCCAAGCCGCGGCCGGCCGUCCAGGCGCAAGCGCAGCCCAAGGCUCUGCCCCCCGAGAAGGCCCGCAAGGCCCCGACAGCCGCCGGGCUGGACCCCGGCACCCCAGCGCCAAGCAACCUCAAGUCUCAGAGGCCGCAGCAGGGCGGCGGGGGCCAGGGCCAGGGCGCCGCUCGACCGCCGCAGCCCGAGAUGUUCUCCAAGCCCAGCGUUUCCCCGGCUCCGGAGAAGGUGAGGAGACCCGAGAGCAAGUCGAAACCCCUCGCAGCGGCCACCCCUCCGCAGCCCGCCCUCGGCAGCAGCAACGGCCUGGCCGCGGUCGACCAUCCCCCGAAGACGGAAGGCCCGUGGGCUCCGCAGGGCAGGGACUACUUCUGCAGCCGCAGCGCCAGCAGCUCGGUGGCGGACUUCGGGGAGCCCCUCCCCAAGAGACUCAAGUCCAGUGCGGCCGCGUUGGACGCGGAGCAGCCGGCGUCCAAUUGCAGAAGGGGUUGUGACGUGCCCAAGUACCACGUGGUCAGGAGCAUCACCUCGCUGUUGGCGCAGGAGUACGUGUGCCCGCCGCCCGUGCUGCCGCCCAAGCCCAGGUUCCUGAGUGCCGGGGAGGCGGACGCGCCGGGUGUGCUGACCGUGCAGAAGCCCUACGGCGCCGCGGGACCGCUGUAUGCCUGCGCGCCCGCCGGGCAUCCGGCUGCCGGCCCCGCGCUGGAAGGAAAAAGGCCUGUGUCCUACCAACACUUAUCCAGCAGCAUGCUGCAAAAGAGGAACUAUGAGAAUUUCAUUGGGAAUGCACAUUAUCGACCAAAUGACAAAAAAACUUGAUUUCCUAUUUUUUUGGGAAGAAAGGUCUUGCUGGAAAUAAGUUUGUACUCUCCGUGAAAUAAAUUUUAGUUCAUCUUUGAGAAGGCGAGUGGUGAAAGCUACUGAAAUAAGCUGUGAUUGUACUGUACAUAGAACAUGUAAAGAACAUGUGAGGAACACUACAGUUUGUAAAGUUGUUCUGUUAACUUUUGUACCAAAUAGCAAUAAAAAAACUAGUUGGAACAGUUGAGCUGUACCCAAUGGGGACUGGAAAUCUCUAUUUUGUCCCUGAAUAAUAUUUUUUUUAGAAUUGACCAAAUAAGUGGAGUUUUUGCAUACUUGAGCGCUGCUGAAAAGGAAUCAUUUGGGGUUGGGAGGGUGGGGUGGAGGAAAAUAUAUAAUGCUUGCACCUCAGGUAAACUCUGUAAAUAUCUAUGUUGUAAACUGCUUGUUUAAAUACUGUGUGUUCCUUUUCUCUAGUCGAGCUCAACACAUGGAGAAGUUUCUGCUGUUUGUGCUCAUUUAAAAUGUAUGUUUUAAAAAAAAAUUCUCAAUGACUUGUAUUAUGUUGAAUCCUCCGCAGUCUAUUGUCUUAACACAGUUGUUAACGGACUUAUUGACCCUCUCUGAAAACGUGCUGCAGGGUCUUGAGGUCAGCGGUUCCGAACUUGGCACCCUCUUACUGCAGAUGUUGCCAGCGUGUGUCCUGGGGGGUUGGAGGCUCGGUCUCCUUCCCAGCUGCAGCCCUCACUGGGGCUUUACAGCCUCGAAUCCGCAGAGAAGUCCUUCCUCCAGUCCAUCCAGAUCUGGAGUUAACAUACCAAACUCCAUGAGGAGCCAUUUUGGUUUGUUUUCGAUCAUGAAUCAUUUUGUGGGGGAAAUUCAGUUUUUUGGGGGGUGUUUGCCUAAAUUAGUAUGUUUAAAAAAAAAAAAAAAGCUAACUUACAAAUACUAGGAAGCAAUUUUAAAGGGAAUGAAAGGUUUUUGAGAAAAUUCUAGGCUUGUAUUCGGAAGUCUUAAUGUAUCUAGUAUUUGGUUAAGCAGGGACAUGGAGAAGUUAAUUGAUGACACUGUUCUGACCGAGGACCUGUGGGCCCCACCUCCUGGGAGUCUGCCUGAACCUCAGUAGCCUUCCCACUUUGGGUUUUGCAGCCACCACGUUUUUCUUGGUGCACAUGCAGUUUGGGUUUUAGAAAGGACAGACAGCAGCUGGCUCAAUAGAUAUUUUAACUUUAUGUUCCUUUAAUGUGCUGUCCAUGGCUGAGUUUAUUAGCAGCUCAUGGGCUUAGUAACCACAAAAUGUUUUAUUAAGAAACUGUUUCAAAAAUAAAUUUGCACUGCUAAUUUUUCUUGCCCUGCUCCUCUGACAAGGGUAAAGUGCUCAAAUAAUCCUGAUUUUUUUCUUUUUUUUUUUCUCAUUAUGCAACGCGGGGCAUCAUUGGUAGAAGUCUUAACUCCUGUGUUGUUCAGGGGAGACCCAGUCUGAGACCAGUCUGCUGGCAUUGCAGCAAAGUGCUUCGUAUCAGGAAAGUGGACACUAUUACCUGUUUUCCUGUUCACAAGCUGAGCCAUAUGUACAUAAUCUAGAUUUUGUUUUCAUAGUUUUGCACUUUUUAUAGCCUAUUUUUGAAGAUUAACACAUUUGCAAGAUGAUUGAUUCCGUCUUUGCCUAAUCCAGUAAGUGUUACAGAAAGCUUGCUGUGACUGUAAAUGUAAAUCUUAAAAGGGGGGAUGUGAUAAUAGCGGGCUGAAAUUUAAACCUGUAUUUAAAAAAAAAAAAUCACCAAAUCUAUUUGCAAACAAGUCAGUUUGUGUUAUGCUGAAAUUUUGGGGGCUUUCAAAUCUCUGUUUUCCAACUACAUUUCUGAAUGCAUAAAAAUAUCAAUUUUUUUCACAGCCCUUUGUACUUCAAGAUAUGUUUUUUGUCCAUCAGUAUUAACUAUUGGGAUACUACUGGUUUUGUAUGUGUUUUUCCUUUGAGACAACAGUACAUAUAAUAGAGGUACAAUUUGUUGGAUUUUUUUGUUUAUGUAUUUAUUUCAUUCCAUUUGAUUUAUUUUAAUUGUUGAUACUUAAGUUGUCAAACAGUAGACAUUACUUGUUUUAUUUAUGAUAUAUUUCAGCUUAAAGUUAUGUUAUUAUAUGUGGAUGUAAAUAUAGAUUUGGUGUUUUGCA